AUGGUGUCUGACCCAGAUGAAGUCUUCAUCCCUCCUGCGGACAAUGAGGAGAUGACGGAAGCCCUUCCAUCCAUCCCUCCCCCCACCACUCUGCCUAUGGCAGAACCUGUGCCUGUGGUACUCCCCAUACCUGCUGCAGUGGUCCAGAUGGUUGCGUCUGCCCCUGCCCCUCCUUCUAGUGUCUCUGACACUCUAUGUCCAUUGGUCAUUCACGCAACCAACACGCCAUCCUCUGCCCCCAUACAGGGUGAGGGCUCUGGCACCCCAGCAACCAUUUUGGCUGCCCCAGGGCCUCCUGCUCCCCUUCCUUGGGACAGGGCCCAUAAUGACAAUACUGCCUCCGGCAGCUAUCAACAUCAUGCCCAUCAGGAUGUCCAAGGAUGA